CCGAGCGAGGGUCCCAGCGAGUUUCACGUGGCGCCGGCGACGAGAGGCACGCCGAGGUUCGGCGCCCUCAGCCACCACUCCUUCUUCUCCAGGCACAACCCGCACCCGCAUCGUGUCAGGCACAUUCAAGAUCCUUAACUCGAGUGGGGCAAAAUGAGAUUCUGGAUGCGUGAUUCCACAACUCCACAAGAAACAUCACGUUGUCCGCACUCAGGACUCAAUGGCAGGCCCGUGUGCACGGUGAGAGACGACUGGUUGGUCAGCUCCUCCUUAUUUCCGCACCCGCUACUUAAGAGUCUUGACCAGAGGCGAGCCAGCCUGCCGCCAUUGGCGUUUACGCCUCAUCGAGCCCACUGUGAUAGCAAAGCAGCAGUGUUUUCCGAGGCUUGGAGAGAUGAGCUCAGAGAGCUGGCGGUCAAAGUUCAUUCAUCUUCUCAAGACACAAGUGAGGUCCGACUUGAGAGAGAGCCGGUCAGACGCCAGACCCAAUACUCGGCCCAAACUGGUCGACUGGUCCCUCUGACCGCCAAGUCUCACCCCUGCCGACAUCCGUCCCAGCGCCUGGACCGGCACCAACUUUUCCAGGAUCAAGAACUUAUGGUGCUGGAGCUGCUUUGUCAGAUCCUGCAGACGGAUUCGCUGCGGGCGGUCCAGCGUUGGCUGCUGUUGGCCGGCCACAGAGAGAAGGAGCUGGUGUCGGCCAUGAUCAAACAAGUGGACUUGGCGAGCCACCGGCCCGCCCGCCUGCCGGCGUCUGGUCCCUCGUCUUCCCGCCCGGCGCAGCGAGGCGGGUGGAAUGGAGCGUCCGGCGCCGACAAACCAGAGACCAUCGGAGGUGCGGAGGUCCUUGAAAUCCACGCCCACAAUCAGCGGGAACACAAAGAUAAUCCCGGAUCCACCUGGGAAUGUCAUCGUAUGGAUUUGUCGCCUUGUCGACAUUCAACCGCUUGCAUCACGAGCGACGUCAAAGACUCCCGACAAGCGGUGUGCCCAAGUUGUCCCACCAGUGUACAGAAACGUCAUACAUCUUAGACCAGUAUUUCCCAAAAUUUUUUCAUUCACGGCACACCUUUUCAUUGGGAAAAUUCUCGAGGCACACCACCAACAAAAAUCUGUUAAGUGUUACACCAGCUUCUAUAUUAAAAUCAGUUAUAUUACAACAAAAGACGUAAAGUUCUAUUCCUAUAUAUGUACGGAGAGUCGAAUAAUUGAAUAAAAAUAAAUACUAAAUAUUCUUUAAAUUGUAUUUCUUUUGUAAUUGAAAGUGACAGUUUUUGAAAAGAGGUUUUAGACAGUGUAAGGAAUAAACUAUUGAAAG